AUGCCAAAGCCACUCGACCUUGCUCAUCAUUUCUCAAAUUCUUCGAAAAAGAGAGUCCCAAAUGUUCUCAAGGAAUAUUACAAAUUCUUGCGCAUCCCAGAAAUGGGCAACCUGGCUGGCGGCUUGCCUUUCCCAGCAAAUUUCCCCUUCAACAGCCUCAACCUUUCACUUGUUGACUCGGGCAGUCUCUUCCACCCCCGUGGAUCAGGCCUUGAAUCAGGAAGUGAUUCAACAUUGGACAUUUCAAUUCAGCGACGCAGCCAAGGGACUAAUUCUGUACGCAAGGUUGACUUGGACACUGCCCUCCAGUACAGCGGCUCCCAGGGCUAUCCAGCUCUUUACGCUUGGCUCAAAAAACUAGCAAACACAGUAUACCAUCCAAACCUACCAUAUGAUGGUGGAGCAGAUGUCAUGAUCAAUGGUGGGUCAGCGGAUGGGCUGUGGAAGAUAUAUGAACUUCUUUUCAACCAUUGGGACAAGGAUCUCAACAAGAUUCAAGAUCGAGAGGGUUUGAUCGUUGAAGAGUUCGUCUAUGGGCCGCCGAUCGCGCAGAUCAAACCAAGAGAUGUCAACAUUGUGCCGGUGAAAAUGGACGCCGAGGGGAUGUUGGCACACGGAACUGGCGGCCUCCAGGACGUUCUGCAAAAUUGGGACUAUACCCGCGGCAAGAGACCACAUGUUGUCUACAUUAUUCCUACUGGUCAGAACCCAACAUCUGGAGUGCUCUCUUUCUCGCGACGGAAGGAAAUUUACCAGAUCUGCUCGCAAUUCGACCUCGUUCUCAUCGAGGAUGACCCAUAUUGGAACCUGUACUACCCCUCUGCACAAUCGAUCUCGGUGAAGUAUCGAGGAACUUCGAUUUCGAAAAACUUCCCGACCAGCCCAAACCACAAUUAUUCCACUCAAUCUCUUGGGGGCAAAUCAACAGGUUAUCGGUUUCUCGACGAACUCGUCCCGAGCUUUUUGAGUAUCGACACAGAUGGUCGUGUUAUUCGGCUGGAUUCCUUCUCGAAGACCAUUGCACCCGGCUGCAGGCUUGGAUGGAUCACAGCUCAACCGAGCGUGUGUGAACAACUGUUUCGGAUCACAGACAGUACUACUCAGCCGCCUUCUGGUUUUGUGCAGGCUAUAGUGUCGAAGUUGCUUGGAGACUUUGGCUCUGCUGACCAGAAGGGUGUCAACAAGAGCGAUCAGUCAACUCUUUGGGGAAUAAAGGGUUGGAUUCAGUGGCUUGAAGGCCUCCGCGUCACCAACGAGCGUCGGAUGAUAACAAUGGCGACAAUCCUGGAGGAGAAUAGGUUUCUGACAUCCGAGGGCGGCCGAACAGAGAUGUUUUCCUUCCAAUGGCCCAUGGGCGGAAUGUUUCUUUGGGUCCGCGUCAGCAUCUUCAGCCACCCAUUGGCUUCGUCUAUCGACCCAAAGCGUCUAAUGCUGGCGUUGUGGAUUUCCUGCACGCAGCAUCCCUAUCGAAUCUUGACGGUCCCUGGCCAAGACUUCGCUGCCAAUGAAGCUGUUAAAGAUGACGGUGGUUUCGUGUUUCUUCGUUUCUGCUUCGCGGCUGUCGAAGAGAGUUUGUUGGAAGCUAAGUCACGGUCAUUUGUGGAAGCCUGUCGAGACUUUUGGGCAAUUCGGGACGCAGAAGCAGUGGAGUAUAUUCUGCGAGAGGAAGAUGGAGAUGAUGCAGAGGUUGACAGGGAGGUCAUUGAGGACUGGGAAGACACAGCAUAGUGGAAGUUCAACGGAAUGUGUGAUGCUCUUGACACAGGAUGAAGAGGUAUUUUGUCACCAAGUUGCGAUUCGAUGCUAACUUGGGUAGUGUACUCAACAAUUCUCUCA